CGAGCUUCAGAAUCUGAUUAAACCGUCGGAUUCCCGUAAAAAAAAUCUGCUGUUUCCAGGCGACGGGCGAGGAGCAGGAACUCAUCGGUUGAAGUGGAAGGUGCAGUGAGCUAAGAAGGAGGGCUUUGAAUAUGAGCUUUCCUCAGAUAUUGCUGUAAGACAUGCUCGCCACCCUCAGCACAGGUCUUCUAACCUCCAGGCAAAGUUUCCUAUAUUAAACCUCUCAUCAUACCCUUUGAGUUGUCGGGCAGCUGCCCAUGCACAUGCACGGCACCAUGGGUAGCUCCCCAGAGGUGCUGUCCUGGACCUCCUGCCCCAGCCUGCUGGUGGGAAAGCUCAAAGAAGAGCUCAAGCUCACCGUGGUGGGAGACGCUCUGAAGAAAGCCAACACCAACAGUUCCCUCUCUCCUCAGGCCCCACCACCUGCCCCUCCACCACAGAUCAUCACCGACCUGGCCCCGCCCACCAGCCUCCCCGUGCCCCUGCAGCCGGGCCGAGACGACGACUUGGGCAUGAGCGGUAGCAGCCCGCCCUGCACCGCGCUCAGCGAGGACUCGAGUCGGGAGCAGGGCCACUUCGAGAACAGCGUGCUGCAGCUGCAGGAGCACGAGGAGGAACGCAAUGCCGACCAUGAAGAGCACGGUUCCUACGGCGAAGAGGGCAACGAGGACGGAGGCUGUAACAUGGAGCACGCUGAUCAGCAUCACCACGACGAUAUCAAACUUCACUUCCACCGAGCGCACACGGGCGGAGGCGGCUUUCUGGAAGGAUUGUUCGGCUGCUUAAAGCCAGUGUGGAACAUCAUAGGGAAGACAUAUUCAACAGAUUAUAAGCUUCAGCAGCAAGAUUUGUGGGAGGUUCCGUUCGAGGAGAUCUCCGAGCUGCAGUGGUUGGGAAGCGGAGCUCAGGGUGCCGUGUUCCUGGGUAAGUUCCACUCGGAAGACGUGGCCAUCAAGAAGGUCCGAGAGCAGAAAGAAACAGACAUUAAACACCUCCGCAAACUAAAGCACCCCAACAUCAUCGGAUUCAAGGGUGUGUGCACACAGGCUCCAUGUUACUGCAUUAUCAUGGAGUACUGUGCUCAGGGGCAGCUGUAUGAGGUACUCAGGGCAGGGAGGAAGAUAACUCCCCGUCUCCUAGUGGACUGGGCAUCGGGCAUCGCAAGCGGCAUGAACUACCUACACCUCCACAAGAUCAUUCACAGAGACCUCAAAUCGCCAAACGUGUUAGUCACUCAUAACGAUGCUGUGAAGAUCUCGGACUUCGGGACAUCCAAAGAGCUGAGCGAUAAGAGCACCAAGAUGUCAUUUGCUGGUACGGUGGCCUGGAUGGCUCCGGAAGUGAUCCGCAAUGAACCCGUGUCGGAAAAAGUAGACAUUUGGUCAUUUGGUGUGGUGUUAUGGGAGCUUCUGACCGGGGAGAUCCCAUAUAAAGACGUGGACUCCUCUGCCAUUAUCUGGGGCGUAGGGAGUAACAGUCUGCACCUUCCUGUGCCCUCGACCUGCCCUGACGGCUUCAAAAUCCUCAUGAAGCAGACAUGGCAGGGUAAACCGAGAAACAGACCAUCGUUCAGACAGAUCCUUCUGCAUCUGGACAUCGCCUCUGCAGAUGUGCUCGGAGCCCCCCAGGAGACCUACUUCAAAUCUCAGGCGGAGUGGAGAGAGGAAGUGAAAAAGCAUUUUGAGAAGAUAAAAAGUGAAGGAACUUGCAUUCAUCGGCUGGAUGAGGAACUUAUCCGGCGCAGAAGAGAUGAACUCAGGCACGCGCUGGACAUCAGAGAGCAUUAUGAGAGAAAGCUCGAGAGGGCCAACAACCUGUAUAUGGAGCUAAGUGCAAUCAUGCUGCAGCUGGAAGUGCGAGAGAAAGAGCUCAUGAACAGAAGGGAGCAAGCUGUGGAGAAAAAGUACCCCGGCACGUACAAACGCCACGUGGUGCGACCCAUCGUCCGACCCAACGCUGUCGAGAAGCUUAUCAGGAAGAAAGGCAGUGUGAACCACAAACCUGGCACACCGACCCCCAAAAGGCCUGAUCUUCUGCGCUCAGACGGAAUCUCCAGUGUGGAGGCUUUCCCAGUGUCCUCACCUCUGUCAGGCAGCCCAAGGGUCUCCACUCCACCUGGGAAAGCACGCUACCGCAGCAAACCACGCCACCGCCGUACCAACAGCAAGGGCAGCCACGAGUUUUCCGGGGUCCUCAAGCCCAAUGUCAACAUCGCUGAAGAACAGCAACCACUGCAGCCACAGCAAUACCAUCAUAAUCCUCAUAGCCACCAUUACCCUCAUCAGCUACCACCCGAGAGCCCGCUGCUUCCCCUGCAAAAGCGGGACAACACUGCCGCCUUAUGCGCCAGCGAGCUGCGCUACUUCGGCCCUGCCGCGGCACUCCGCAGCCCUCACACAGAGCAUCUACAGCGCUCUAGCCCCGACCUCAUCAACACCACUCUGGAGGCUGACGCAAGGCAGCAAGUGGCUAUCGGGACAGCUGCGCUCUGCCCCUGCUGCCAGGGUCACCCCCUGCCUGGGUGCUUGAGGUGCCAGGACAUGUUGCCUGACUGUUCCCUGGUCAGCACGCGUGAUGGAGACGCCAUGGAGGAAAAACAACAGCCAGAGCGAGGUAGCUCCCCACAGAACAGCCUCCCAAGGACACUCAGAACCCUCAGUAAGGUUGGGGAUGACUCAUCUGAGGAAGAGGAGGGAGAGGUUGACAGUGAAGUGGAGUUUCCACGGAGACAGAGGCCUCACCGCUGCAUGAGCAGCUUUCAGUCGUACUCUACCUUCAGCUCAGAGAAUCUGUCCGUGUCAGAUGGAGAGGAAGGGAACACGAGCGAGCACUCUCGCAGUGGACCCCUAGAAGCACUGAGCGCCAGUCAGGAGGAGCAGCUGGACGAGCUGCUCUCGCACACACCAGAGAUCCCCAUCGACAUCUCCACACAGUCUGACGGCCUCUCCGAUAAAGAGUGUGCGGUGCGCCGGGUCAAAACUCAGAUCUCUCUGGGCAAGCUGUGCGCUGAUGAACAUAGUUAUGAGAACCCGCUGCACUUCGGUGACUCGGACUGCGACUCCUCAGAAGCCGAGUGCUCCGACGCCACCAUCAGGAACAAGCAGUCGUGUGCUCCCUCAUCCUGGUGAGCUCCUCUGACGAGCACAUCUCCUGGGAGGAAAACCACCGCAAUAACCCGGGGGCAUGCUGUAAAAGACCACGCCCCUUUGUUCUUUCAGUCCCCGCCCUCUAUCAAGCCCCACCCAUCCGAGUAAGCUCAGGCAACUCUGGACUGACAAUGUAGCUAGUGUAACGUUCAUAAUUUAUUUUUCUGCAUCCAAGGCAAAGAAAAAAAAAAAGGAAGAAAAAUCAGGAAGUCGUUUAAAUUCUAGCCUAGAACAAAAAGACAAAAAUGAAUGAGUGUAUGUGGUUGGAAUGGAACAAAUGGUGCAAACUUCUAACCUUAGAAAUACAGUGAUCAUGGAUUUGGUGUAUAAGAGUGAGUGAGUUGUUGGUGGAGAGAUCACUCCGAGUAAACACGGGACCCUUUAACAAAAACACAAGCAGCCAGAUCUGCCGUUUUUGGCUAAGAAGCCAAGACUUGCUAGCUACCUGGUAAAGCUUGAGUUUGUAAUAAAUGAUGCCCUGAGAUAUCAGGGUCACUUCGGUUUGAGCACCAGCAUGAACAGCACCUGUCCGUCCUCUCUCUCUCUUUUUUUUUUUUUUUUUUCUUCUUCUCCAUCUUUUCAUCUCUUAUUUCCAGCAACACAGACUAUUGUGCAGUCUCAGCAUGCCAAUUGGAGAACCAAUCAGACUUUGCUGCUGAAACGCACCCAGUGGAACACCAUCUUGCUUUAAAAAAAUGACACACAACAGAGUUCGUGUCCCUGAAAUCAGUGUUGAAACUGGAGGAAACCAGUCCAGCUUUCCUCUCACCUCAGGCCUGAAGGAUUACGAGUCCGGGGAGAUGACAAUAACACAUUCCUUUUCAUGUUCGGAUCUAUGUCUAGACCCAGGUUAUUCAGAAAGCCCCGGUCCUUCUCUUAUUCUUUAAUCUUGUCUAAGCUUUUUUCCAUUCCAGGUUAUUUGUAUAUUUAAUGAUUUUAGAUGAUGUGAUGAUGCAGCAGCCCUUUAAAUCCCUCAGGGCUUGGUGUCAUUUUGUUCUGUUUUUCUUGUAUAAAGUGAGACUGAAUGUUUAGUGUGAGGUGAGCGCCUUUGGACACACACUAAAGGUUCUGCAAUAACGCAGGUUCUGCUCAGGCUUAGAAGAAUCUCGCUCAGGAGGCCUGUCUAGCUGGCUGGACAGAUGCACCGGCAAGUUGUAGUGACACAAGGUAGUUGUAGGAAAAGUUUCACUUUUAAAAGUGUCUAUUUUUGAGAUUUGCUCGGAAUCGCCUCCUGCGUUUCGAUGAUUUUGAUGCUCAGGUUAAGUCGAAUGCACAGUGCAGCACGUUUUCUCUUUUCUCCACUAGGGGGAGACAGAUCUGUGUGUUGCGUUGCUGUGAAAGAAAACCAAGCAACACUACUUUUAUAUUCAUCUCGGCAGCACUAGUAGUGUUUCGUUUGGAUCAGCAGUCGUAAUUUAGAGUUGGAAUCCCUACUAAUAUUACCUGUUAUGUUAAAAUCACAAAAUGAGGGAUGCUGCAUCUUUUAUCAUUGAUUAAUAUACUGUAUUCAUUACCCGUGUGUGUUAUUGGUGCGUGUGUACGUUUGUGUAAUAGUUUAGACAGGAUGGGCAGGUGAGCUUUAAAUGGAUUAGACUGGCAGUUAGUUGAGAGAGCGAGAGAGAGAAAGUAAGGGUUUCUAUUUUAUUGUCCUGAUUUUACAGGGUUUGUUUGUAUUUAAAGUCUUACAUCUGAAAGCAACAAAUGAACAAAGCAACCCUGUUUACUUAAUUCUGUUUGAGACCAAUCUUCUUUGCAGUUUGUGUUAUCCGACCAGCACGAUUCCGAUUGGACGAAGGAGAAAAAAUAAUCAGUCUGAACGAGAAGAACUUGUCUUAUGACCAGUAAGCCAGGACAACUUAUGGACACACACCAACCUCAUUUCUCUUGUUUACGUCUUUUUAAAAUAAAAAAAAAAAGCUUCUGUGAUUUUUAUUCCACAGAAAUCAGACACUUAUUAAGAGUAAAAUAUGAUCAUGUCUUUCCAUCUGCAGCACUAUAAUGUUUUCUGUAUAGUUAUGUUUUAAUUUUAUUUAAUUUCUCUUUUAUUUUUGUAGCUGGCCUACACGGUCUUUGAAUUAAUUUAUUUUUUGGACUACUAGCAAGUUUAGAAUCACGUUAGUUUUCCUAAUCAUAUCUACUUCUUUCUUAUAUCAUUUAUAAUUUGUGAAGUAUUUAUGGGAAGGGAGUGUUCAGCCUUUUUCUGAGUGUGCGUCUGGGAAGAAUUGAGACCCUGAAAUCAUGUUUCAUCUUGGAGAGUCCAAGGAAUAAAAUCCUUCUUUUCCCAGAGAGAUGCUGGAAUCAUUAGCACUCGAUUUUGACCGUAGAUUUAACACAUUGGACAGAGGCUUGCUUAUAACAUUCAGUCCUUAUUAUCCAGUGCUAUUUGUCAGCUUAAAUACUGACAGUGGUGCAGGCAGGGGCCCAGUGUUAGUCCUGUUAAUCUAGUCAUCAAGAUCUACUGCUCGACCUGCAAGUUUGGGCAUUUUUUAUUUUUGCUUGGUGCUUUUAGUUUAGUAAAUAAGCUUAAUAUUGUGAUAUUGAUCUUGUUUAUUAAGACAACAGAUCUGAUAAAAGAACAGAUGGACUUCACUUCAGUGUGUUAUUUGCCAUACCGUCUGUAUUCCAUAAUCUGACGGAUAAAGUCUGAAUGCUCUCAGUAUUUAAAUCAGGAUGAAACUGUGCUAUUAAGUCUAUUUUUUUUUUUUUAACAACUUUACAACCCUCUUGCUGUAUCACAUUUUUCUGGUUCUUUUUCUCUUUGUACAUUCAUCUUAUUCCUUCUCACGUUGUUCUCACACACAUUUUCAACUAAUGCAUAAAUGGUUAUUUUGUUAUAAACUAUUUUUGUGCAGGACGUGUUAAACUCUGAGCUAUUUUUCUUCUCCUUCAGUAUGUUUCUUACUCAUGUCCCGCCUCCCCUAAACCCUAUCUUGAAUGGCGUUCUGAUCUACCAACCCUGACGAUUUCCUGUAUUAGCCUGUGUACAGUGCAGUGGGAGCAGGAAGGAAUAAAAUCAAAGCAAACAACUGCAUGGAAUAAAACGCUGAUGUACUGUAUCAAA